GUGGCUUCGGGUCCCCAGAUUUGUGGAUCGUCUUUGCAUCUGGAAAGAAAAAAGGAUCAACCGAGACGUUUGGGAAGAGUCUAUGGGUGAAUAAAAAAAAAGGGGGGGGGAGUGCAAAACUGUGGUUGCGGUGAAAAAAGAAGCAUCUUGGGUACUGAAACAAGAAUUGUUGGCUGCUCAAGAAUUUUUAAAAAGCGUCUAGAAACUGGUAAAUACUUUGACCAUUUCAGCUUGAAUUUGACGGCGAAGUGUUGUGGAAACCGUCCCCUUGAAUUAUUGGAAGGGGAGUAGGGAUAGAUGAGGGGGCUCCCGCCGUGGAUUUAUUUUGCUGGGGAUAUAGACCUGCAGCUAACUGGAUUUGAUUUAUAAGAAGGAAAUUUACAGUCAAUGGCCACUCUGCCAUAUUGCUACUAUGGAAAAUAGAAUGGUCAAUAGGAUAUGGUCUGAUAAAUAGUGAUGAUUGAAGAUGUUGCUUCAAUACAUGUGAAAUCAAUGGAAGAUACGUGCUGCAUGAAAAGCUUUCUCAGCUUUGUUCCACAACUUCAUCUUUGAAAAAUUGAAGGCAUAUCUACUACAGUACAGCCUUUCUCAAGUGGAUAUAAAUACAUUUGUCUCACUGAAACCAGACAACUAGACAACUAAUGUGGGACUAUGGCACUUCCCAGGUGCAUGUGGCCAAAUUAUGUCUGGAGAGCAGUGAUGGCGUGCUUGGCACAGGGGGGAGUGGGUGCCUCCUUGACUCUCUGUGUGUUGGGAAGUUUGCUUCAGGCUGCCCAUGUGCUUUCACAAAAAUUGGAUGAUGUGGACCCACUGGUGACUACCAACUUCGGCAAGAUAAGAGGGCUUAAGAAAGAACUCAAUAAUGAAAUUUUGGGACCUGUUAUUCAGUUUCUUGGGGUUCCCUAUGCAGCUCCACCAACAGGAGAACAUCGUUUUCAGCCUCCAGAGCCACCGUCUCCCUGGUCAGAUAUCAGGAAUGCUACUCAGUUUGCUCCUGUGUGUCCCCAGAAUAUUAUCGAUGGCAGAUUGCCAGAAGUCAUGCUUCCUGUGUGGUUUACUAAUAACUUGGAUGUAGUUUCAUCGUAUGUACAAGACCAGAGUGAAGACUGCCUAUAUUUAAACAUAUAUGUCCCAACCGAGGAUGAUAUCCGGGACAGUGGAGGACCUAAACCAGUGAUGGUGUAUAUCCAUGGUGGCUCGUACAUGGAAGGCACUGGAAAUUUAUAUGAUGGGAGCGUCUUGGCGAGCUAUGGCAAUGUGAUUGUCAUCACUGUCAACUAUCGGCUUGGAGUACUUGGCUUCUUGAGUACAGGGGACCAGGCUGCAAAAGGAAACUAUGGACUUCUUGAUCUCAUACAGGCUUUAAGAUGGACUAGUGAAAACAUUGGAUUCUUUGGUGGUGACCCCUUGAGAAUCACUGUUUUUGGAUCAGGCGCUGGGGGUUCAUGUGUCAAUCUGCUGACUUUAUCCCAUUAUUCUGAAGGUAACCGUUGGAGCAAUUCAACCAAAGGACUUUUUCAACGAGCAAUAGCUCAAAGUGGAACAGCCCUUUCCAGCUGGGCUGUUAGUUUCCAACCUGCAAAAUAUGCUAGAAUGUUGGCCACAAAAGUUGGGUGCAAUGUUUCAGAUACAGUAGAAUUAGUGGAAUGCCUCCAGAAGAAGCCUUAUAAAGAACUUGUUGAUCAAGAUAUUCAGCCAGCCCGAUACCACAUAGCCUUUGGACCUGUGAUUGAUGGUGAUGUGAUACCAGAUGAUCCUCAGAUACUGAUGGAGCAAGGAGAGUUUCUCAACUAUGAUAUUAUGUUAGGAGUUAACCAAGGGGAAGGUUUAAAAUUUGUUGAAAAUAUAGUAGAUAGUGAUGAUGGUAUAUCUGCUAGUGAUUUUGACUUUGCUGUUUCCAAUUUUGUUGAUAAUUUAUAUGGAUAUCCUGAAGGCAAAGAUGUUUUGAGAGAAACCAUUAAAUUCAUGUAUACUGACUGGGCUGACCGGCAUAACCCUGAAACCAGAAGGAAGACCUUACUGGCUUUGUUUACGGACCAUCAAUGGGUGGCACCAGCUGUAGCUACAGCGGAUCUUCACUCAAACUUUGGUUCACCUACCUACUUCUAUGCUUUUUAUCACCAUUGUCAAACAGACCAGGUUCCAGCAUGGGCUGAUGCAGCCCACGGAGAUGAGGUUCCUUAUGUGCUGGGCAUACCCAUGAUUGGGCCCACAGAGCUAUUUCCCUGCAAUUUCUCCAAAAAUGAUGUGAUGCUGAGUGCAGUUGUAAUGACUUACUGGACAAAUUUUGCUAAAACUGGUGACCCAAAUCAACCAGUUCCUCAAGACACAAAAUUCAUUCAUACUAAACCCAACCGCUUUGAAGAAGUAGCAUGGACCAGAUAUUCCCAGAAAGACCAACUUUAUCUCCAUAUUGGAUUAAAGCCGAGGGUUAAAGAGCAUUACCGAGCCAAUAAAGUAAACCUCUGGUUGGAGCUGGUACCUCAUCUGCAUAAUCUCAAUGACAUUUCUCAGUAUACCUCGACAACAACGAAAGUGCCAUCAACUGACAUCACUCUCAGACCUACGAGAAAAAAUUCUGUACCGGUCACAUCUGCCUUUCCCACUGCCAAGCAAGAUGAUCCCAAACAACAGCCAAGUCCAUUUUCAGUGGAUCAAAGGGACUACUCCACGGAGCUGAGUGUCACUAUUGCAGUCGGAGCCUCCCUGCUCUUUCUGAACAUCUUGGCCUUUGCAGCCCUGUAUUACAAGAAGGAUAAGAGGAGACAUGAUGUUCACCGGAGGUGUAGCCCUCAGCGCACUACUACCAAUGACCUGACCCAUGCCCAAGAAGAGGAAAUCAUGUCUCUCCAAAUGAAGCACACUGAUUUGGAUCAUGAAUGUGAGUCCAUCCAUCCACAUGAGGUGGUUCUUCGGACCGCCUGCCCCCCAGAUUACACACUAGCUAUGAGAAGAUCACCUGAUGAUGUUCCUUUAAUGACACCCAACACCAUUACGAUGAUUCCCAACACUAUACCAGGGAUUCAGCCCUUACACACAUUCAAUACAUUUACUGGAGGACAGAACAAUACUCUGCCCCACCCCCAUCCCCACCCCCAUUCACAUUCAACAACCAGGGUAUAGCCAGAUAAGAGAAACAAACUAUUUUUUGAUGGAUUACAGUAAAAGAUUACUGAAGAUUCCUUGGCUUACAACCUACAAGACUCUCAAUUAUUUAAGUAAGGAGGAAUAAUAUGUGAAUAUACAUAUCAAGAACCUGGGGGUUUUGAAAAUAUGAAUUGUAUAUAUAUAUACACACACAAAUCAACUUUAAAAACAAAUUGCAAUUGCUUGAAGCAAUUGUUCUGAAUGAUACUUUUUCAUUCACAUUCAAGAAUUAAUUUUUUGAAGAUUUAAGUUACAUAAUGGAAUUAGGCAUGUGGAACACCAAACAGGAAAGAACUAUGUCUGAAAUAUAAAAAAUAAAAAUAAAAAACAACUACGAAUAUGCACAAGGGACACACCAAUGGAAUGUCAGAUAAUUUUCACCAGUUUUUAUUUGGAGCCGUUUUAUUGUGUAGACCAUAUUUACAUAUUUGGAUAAGUACACAAAGCACCAAUGCUGUUAAUGGCCUUAGCAGAGGCUCAUGCUGAAAUUUGCCAGUAAAACAAAGAAGUUUAAAGACUGGCAGGUACAACACUCUCACAUAAGUGCUGUCAGUAUAAAGUUGUGGGGAUAAAGGAAACUGGAUAUUUUUAGCACGAUGUGCAUGAUAAUUUAUAUGCUUGGUGGCUGUGCUGCUGAUUAAGCCGUAAUUAAAAUUCUUCUCAUCCCAUUGGAGUUUUUAAUAGAAGCUUCCUCCAUCAAUUGGCAGAACCUAAAGAAGAUUUUAAGGGGCAAAAGUAAUUACAGUAAAAUAAGUCACAGUAGUGUCAAUAAUAGAAGGGAUUAGUCAUUAAAGGUACUUGAAGAUACUAUAGGUAUUGUAAGGGAUACUCGCUGAUAUGAAUCCCAGAAAAAAAUUUCCUGUGCUUUAAUAUUCUCUUCAUUCUCAUAUAAAUAAUUUAUAAAAAUAUAGCCCUAAUUGGACGUGUGUUACAGGAUCUACAGUUUGCUGUGGUUUCUAUUACUCCUGUAUUUUGUUCUUUUUGGUAAGGUGAAGUGUGUCCAAAGCAUUACUUGCAACAGUCUUUUAUGACAUGAGGGUGCCCCAAAAUUACCAUCCUGAUUACAGUUCCCCAUCAAUUGAUUUAUUCAUGUUGCAUGACAAAAUGUUUAAUAAUAGUAAUCCAAUAUAAAGUUAUGUCCCGCUUCACAUCAUUUAACUUUCUCACUGAGGUUCAUUCACAGAAAUUUACUCACAUAAUCUCAGUAGAGUACAACAUAGAAACAGAACCUAAGAGAGUUGACACCUGGAAGAUUUUAGUCUUACACAUGUGUGUGAUUUUAAAUGAUUUUUAAGAUCACAGGAAACUCUUCAUCUCCGUGUUGUUUACCAAUAAUAUCAGUACGUCACAGACCUUUCCAAAUGUUUGUAUAUGUAAUCAGAUGUACAUUUAUAUUAAAAAAAAAAGAGAUGGACUUAAAGAGCACAUCCUGAUGAAUACGUUCUCUCUUACCUGUACUAUAUUUCUAUUAGACUAAAGUUAUGUGAUUUUUUUUUUACAUUUUUUCAGACGACUAGCAAUUUUGAUAGUUUGUAAGAUAAUGCAAAGAACUUUCUCUGACAAACUAACUGCAGUAACAGAAACCUUUCUUUUCAGUUACUCUUUUUCAAGAAUGAAAGCUUAUUAUACAAAAGAAAAAUAUUGUAUACUACUUGAUGGAAACAACUUUGUACAUCUUGGCCAUGUCACUGGUCAUUGCGUGAAAUAAAGAUAAUCUGGAUAAUGACUAUUAGUCAAAUGCUAAGAGACAUGAUUUUUGCUCAUUAAAGAGCUGAAAUGUUUAUCGCUGUUUUGUCUUU